UCUACUCUUCUCGCUGCGGCAACGAACGAAACAACAAAGAAAACCAGAGGCUCGCCAACGCUCUCGGUGCUCCGCUCUCCCUCCAAUGUCGCUGGCGCCCCCUGCCUCCUCCCCCAACUCCCUCCUAUUCUUGGAAACGAAUCGGUCCGGGAAAAAUAACCGAUCUUGCUAUCCUCGCUGGGGCUCCCGCUUUACCCCAACCUCCGCCCUCCUCCUCCCUCCUCCUGCUCCCCCCCCAUUUUUAUGGCAUGAAUCUCCAAACCCUACCGUCUCUACUCUACUCCAGAGAUGGCUCGCUAUCUUGCACUGCUUCUCGCCCUGGCUCUGCGCCUAGCCUACCCGGCCUUCGCCGAGACCGACCAAGGUGAUGUUUCAGCGGUUAAUGUUCUAUUUAAAAGCUUAAAUGCCCCCCCACAGUUGACUGGUUGGAGUUCAACUGGUGGUGACCCCUGUGGUGAUGACUGGAAAGGAGUCAAGUGCUCAGGCUCAUCUGUGACAGAAAUCUCCCUGUCAGGCCUUGGUUUGACUGGCUCGUUGGGUUAUCAACUGUCGAGCUUGACAUCAGUAACUUACUUUGAUAUGAGCAAGAACAACCUUAAAGGUGAUAUCCCAUAUCAACUUCCUCCCAAAGUAGAACACCUAAAUCUUGCUGAGAACGCAUUUACUGGUGGAAUUCCUUAUUCGAUUUCUCAAAUGACCGAUCUUAAAUAUCUAAAUCUUCACAGAAAUCAGCUGAAUGGGCAGUUGAAUGAUAUCUUUGGAAAGCUUGAUAGACUCUCAGAGAUGUAUCUCUCCUUCAACCAGCUCUCUGGUAAUCUACCUCCCAGUUUGGGAUCCCUAAAAAGUCUCAAAACUCUGCACUUACAGAACAAUCAGUUCAGUGGUUCAAUUAAAGGUCUUGCUAAUCUUCCUCUUGAGGAUCUGAAUGUUGAAAACAACCAGUUCAAUGGCUGGAUUCCCAAUAAAUUGAAAAAUAUAGAUACCCUUCAGAUCGGCGGCAAUUCUUGGUCAUCUGGAGCAGCACCUCCAGGCAUGGAUAAGGCUUCAAAUACUAAUUCUCAUACUGGUGGAAAGAAGGGUGUGCGGUCAGUUGUCAAUGGAGCAGUCAUUGCUGGAACAGUGAUUGCUGUGUUGGUCAUUUCUCUGAUUUUAUUGGCUCUGAUUAAGCGAAGAUCUUUGUCAUCGUCCCAUUACAUUGAUGACCAAUCCAGCCAGAACAUAUCAUCAACACCUCUGGUUUCUCGUGAAUUAGGGCUUAAAGGAUAUUCUUCUUCAAUUGACAUAAAGGCAUUGGAGACACCUCCUUCCAUGGACCUUAGACCCCCACCUGAGCCAUACAAAUUAUUUAGUGAUAAUGAGUUUGCGGUUAAGUUAAAUCCCAAACAAAGCACAAAUCCUGUCAGUAUCACGGCUUAUUCAAUAGUAGAUCUGCAAGCAGCUACUGGAAGCUUUAGUGCAAGCCGGCUUCUUGGACAGGGAACCAUUGGGAGUGUUUACAAAGCAAAAUAUGCUGAUGGAAAGGUUUUGGCUGUGAAGAAGAUAGAUUUAAUAAAUCUCUCUGGAGGCACUUCUUCUUAUGACUUCAUGGAAUUAGUUUCUGGCAUUUCCAAGCUGCGCCAUCCAAACAUUACUGAACUUUUGGGUUAUUGCUUGGAGCCUCGCUACCAUCUCUUAAUCUAUGAGUUCCAAAUGAAUGGAUCUCUUCAUGAUUUUUUACAUCUGUCAGAUGAAUACAGCAAACCAUUAACCUGGGAUACUCGAGUUAGGAUUGCUCUUGGGACAGCUCGUGCUCUAGAGUACCUUCAUGGCAUCUGUUCCCCAUCUGUUAUUCAUAAAAAUAUGAAGUCUGCCAACAUCUUGCUUGAUUCUGAGCUCAAUCCCCACCUGUCUGACUGUGGCCUGGCUGUCUUUUAUGAGGAUACAAGCGAGAACUUGGGGCCUGGAUACAAUGCUCCUGAAUGCACAAAACCAUCUGCCUGCACAAUGAAGAGCGAUGUCUACAGCUUCGGGGUGGUUAUGCUAGAGCUAUUGACAGGUUGCAAGCCUUUUGACAGUUCUAAGCCAAUUAUGGAACGAACCUUAGUUCGUUGGGCAGCACCGCAACUCCAUGACAUCAAUGUACUGACACAAAUGGUAGACCCUGCCCUCCGUGGGCUCUACCCCCCAAAAUCAUUAUCUCGGUUUGCUGAUGUUAUUGCUCUAUGUAUCCAGCCCGAGCCUGAGUUCCGCCCCUCCAUGUCUGAAGUUGUGCAAUCACUGGAUCAAUGUGUUCAUCGGACAGGCAUCGACAAGCGUUCACGCCUGAGCACCUCUUGCCGAAGUGAUGACUCUGAAAGCUCCUACCAUUGAGGAAAUCGAUCUACUUACAUUUCCCAUGACUUUAAGGAACAAUUCUGUUUUUCUCUUCUUUCCUCGGGACUGCGCAGAACUGAUAUUAUCCAAGGCCACUCCAGCCAAUAUUGUUGCAGAUAAUUCAGGGACCCCGUCAAUUGUCAUACCAAGUUGUACUCUUGAGUGGGCUUUUAAGAAGUCCACUCCUUGUGAUCGCAUUGUCAAAUUCGAUGGAAGACAUCAAAUUAUCAAAUGCAGCUUAUCCGAUUUUCCAA